CGGGAACGCCAUGGAGGGACCGGGGAUGGCACCGGGGAUGGCACCGGGGGCCGCACCGGGGGCCGGGCCCCUUCCGGCGGCGGCGGCGGAAGAGGCGGCGGUGGCGGCGGGGCCAUGGCGGACCCACGGAGACCCGGCAAAGUGGCCAGGUACAAACCCCCGGCCACCGAGACCAACCCGGCGCUGGAAGACCCGACCCCGGACUACAUGAACCUGCUGGGGAUGGUGUUCAGCAUGUGCGGGCUCAUGCUCAAGCUCAAGUGGUGCGCCUGGAUCGCCGUUUACUGCUCCUUCAUCAGCUUCGCCAACUCGCGCAGCUCCGAGGACACCAAGCAGAUGAUGAGCAGCUUCAUGCUCUCCAUCUCGGCCGUGGUCAUGUCCUACCUGCAGAACCCCCAGCCCAUGUCCCCGCCGUGGUGAUGGGGGUCCCCGAGGGGGACAAUAAAAAGGGGUCCUGG